ACGUCAUCAGAGCGCGACAGCUUCAAAAUCGGGCGCAGUGUAAACAGUAGCUAGCAGUGCUGCAGGUAUCAGGUCCAUAUUUAGCGGCUGAUAAGAUCAAUAAGCGGUGUUAUAACAGGUGUUAGACUGACACCAGACAGCGGGAGCUCCAGGAGCUGAAGCCUUGAUGCACAGCUGUUAUUUCACCGGCUGACGCGGUGCUGAAGCGGUCUGAGUUUUCGCCGUUAGCCGUUAGCAGUGAGCGUUGACGGUGCUGAUGGAGGAGCUGCCGCAGCUUCCACCUGAAGUUUGGGUCUAUGUGUUCAGCUACCUGACCACGGAGGAGAAGCACACGGUCCGCGCCGGCUGCAGGCACCUGAGGAGGCUCAUCGACCACCCGUGCCUGUGGAGGGACUACACGGUGGUGCUGUCCGACCUCCGCCGCUACACCUACGGCUUCUGGGACACCCUGCGCCAUCGCAAGCUCACCCGGGUGGCGGUGCGGCACCUGCGGCGCAAAGAGUGGCGACGGCUCGUCAGGUUCCUGCCGACCCUCACCGCCAUCGUGUUCGUGGACGGGGGGCGGCUGUACAAGGAGAAAUACCUGGACAACUUGUCCCGGUUCCCGGACUUGAGGGACCUCGGGGUGCGCAAUGCCACCUGGGACGAGCCGAUGCUCGGGAGCAGCCUGAGCACGCAGCUGCACGAGAGGCUGACUCACCUGAGCGUGUGUAACGUCCGGCUGCCCUGCACGGUGGAGUUUAUUAACACGGUGUCGCAGCUGGUCAACCUGCGGUACCUGCUCUUCCACCAGCAGGGGGAGGGCUACGGGCUGGACACGGUGAGGCCGGUGCCCUGCAGCGUCUUCCACAACCUCAUGCUGAGCCUCAAGAAGCUGAAGCACCUGUCCUGGGGGAUGAGGGGGGAGCCGCCGGAGCCGCUGCCCGACGACUACCUCAGCCCCCCGGACCCAGACCACCCAGGAGCGUCUCGGUACGGCGGCCCGGCGCUGACCACUUUAGAGUUGGUGGAUUACCCAGAAACCAUCCUGCCAGAGAACGCACUGAGGAGCCUGACCUCGCUUAGGUCGCUAACUGUCCGCUACAGGUACAUCAGAGAGGGCAUCGAGUGCCGCCUCACCUCCUGGCUGAGUCCCCUCCAACAGCUGGAGACACUCACCAUCAUCGGUGGGAACUCUCUCGCCACCUACACGACCACCAUCCCCUCCAGUGUGACCAGGCUGACGCUGCGUGUGGCCAUAACUCUGAAAGACAUGGACUCCAUCGCACCUAAAGUCCCGGCACUUGAGCACCUUGACAUCGAGCAGAACCGCUCCAGUGGCAGCCUCUGUAGACGGAUCCCUAUGUUGUUUCCUCAGCUCAGGACGCUCAGGAUACGAUUUUUCCGCAGAGAACCAGAGAAGGACCUGCUGAGCCUCCACCGGCUGCGACACCUGGUGCAGCUGGAGCUGCUGGUGGAGCGCUCCUUCAUCCUGAGGGAUUACCUGAACGGUCACCCCUGGCCCAGCCCCUGCGUACAGGAGCUCAUCAACCAGCUGCGAGAGCUGUCCGAGAACAGGAUCACUGUCAUCACGACGAUGCGCCAGCGAAAUCCGCUGCGAGAAUGUGACUGUGUGUGGGAGGGCGACUGAGGAGCCGGAGGAAACUGUGGACUUUAUUCCUCGUGAAGAUAAAGACAGUCGCCACCAGUCAGGAACAGACGGUUGAAAUACAAGGUAUUAAAAAGGUGAACAGACAGAAAGGAGGUGACUGAAGGUCUUUGUUGAUUCUUUGGUUCUUUGAUUAUUAUAUUUAUGGCCUAAAAAUCACAAAUAUAAUAAUUACAACAGUUACUGGAUGAUGAAUCAAAGAUCAGAGCAGUGGCUGCCAUCUUUUUGGCUCGAGGCCCUUUGAAAACAAAGCACUUAAAUCCAGUAGUGACCCCCGAUUCCAGGGUGCACAAAAGUUUCAAACCAUGGCAUCAACAAAUAGAGGACGACUGCUAAUAAAAGCCUGGUAAGAAACAUUAAAAGGUGUUUGAAAUUACCUGUAAAACUCUCAUGGCAAAACAAAGUCUCUGUCCUCCCUCUGAUUAAUGGACUUAAACAUGAAGCGCCUGCAGGAAGUUCCACUGAUGAUCGAGAAAACCUGUAAAGUGGAAAGACUGAAAUGAAUUGUAAAAUCAAACUAGAGUGUGAUUGUUGGACUGAUGGCAUUAAUUAGUAAACUGUACAUUUUUCUGAAUUGUAAAGGCAGCAGGAACACAUGUAGGACGCUUUGAGUUUGUAUUACCAAGAACAAGUUGCAUUUAGAAAUGUGAAAUCUAAUUUAAGGCAGGCUCAGAUGAAGGCCAGCAUUAUUCUAGUAUUAUUAAAUAAAACCCAGUAGACUUGAGUCAGUUUUGGGGAGAUCAGGGCAGCACUUUUUAUUUCUCUACUUUAUGUGUUUCAGCGGCUUUAGGCUGCAGCUUCUCAUUUCCCCCUGUGCAGUUUCAUUAGUGUCUGUAUGUUUAAAGCCCCAUGAAUCAAUACAGUAAGUAUAUUUUACAAGGUGCGUCACUGAAUGCACCGCCAACUGUCCCCUCAAAAUAUUAAUGUAGGUGUCCUGACUACUCUGAUUUUUCAGAGCAUUUUUUGGGGUCGUGUUUUAUUUAUAUUCAAAAGAAUUUACUUGUCGCUUCAUGAAGAAACUACCUAAUUUUCUUCGUUAAAAAACUUGAAUGGCCACAUGGCUCCAAGAGUGAUGACUGUACGUGGCAUGAAUUUUCGUAUAAAAAGGAAACGGUUUAAAUUUUUUUAAGGCUUAAAGUUAUGUAUAUCUAAGGGCGUGACUGCUUUGAGUGACAGGUGGGUGAUGGAUAGAGUAUAGAUGUAGCCGUAGUAAAGUAAUUGUAAGGUUUUGGCCCCUAAAAAAGUCUUGUUUGCCAUUUGGUUGCACUAAGAGACCCUCUAAAGCAGGCAUGUACAAAGUCUGGCUGAAGGGCAAUCGUGGCCCAUUGACUAAUUUUUAGUUUUAUUUUAGUAGUUUGUUUUUUCUUAAAUAUACUAUAUGUGGCCUGCCACACAAUAGGAAGUUCCUUGAGCAUUUUUUCUGUUCACAAUGGCAGUACGUUCACACAGUUUGUUGACAUGCACCAAGUAGGAACUACGCAGGUGGAACUAAUGUGUUUCCAUAAACAGAUGGUAAACAAGCAAACAAAGGGUUACCUAAUAUUGCUUGAUAGGUAGCAGACGUGGCCACAGCAAAAACAUGUGAAGUCCAAAAUGAGAGAUGCUGCUUUCAGGAUCGGUGGAAAGUUAAACACUUUUUCACUGAAAGCAGAAACAGUUGUGUUUGUCUCAUUUGAAUGUGAUUUUUGUGAGUUUUUAAAAUAAGUGAUGGGUUUUUGUAGCUGGAUCCAACAAGAUGUUUGCAGUCAGUCUUUCAAGAAUGUCACUGAAUUAUUUUGUUUUCUCACAAAGCAUUAAAAUAGAAGUAUUUAAUGUGAGGUUAAACCGACAUGAAUGAUUAAUUUUCCUGUUUAAAACCAGAGCAAGUCUGUUUAUAGGUUAUGAUUUUGUAAAUAAACAGCCCUUUUUUGUAGCUUGGGAAUGAAAAAAAUGUUUUCUGACACAUCGGUUGGCUGACUGUGUUUUUAUUUUAUUUUUUUUUUAAGAUAUUUUAUUUUAUUUUUACCAUAAAUGUAGUUGAGGCACAGACUUCUCUGUUUGUUUCUCACUAAAUGGACCCAAACGUCUUUUCCUUUUUGCUUUGUUUCUGUCAUUGUCUUUAGAGUAGGUGUGAUAUCUGUGACAGUCUGACUGUAGUUGCAAACACAUGAAUGAAAUGAGCAGCAGAUUUUAAAGUGAUGCAGUCUAGCAGCCGUGCACAUGUACAAAGGAGCUGGGAGACUUGAAAGAGUGAUUUUGUUUGAGUGAUACUUGUGUUUCUUUUUUAAAGUGGAAAUAGGAA